UCUGCUAACGCUGCUUCUUCCAACGUAACCAAACGGAGAGAAACAGUAAACGCUAGCAGCUAAAACACAUAGCUAGCUACCACUUUUUGUGUACCAAUACUGAUUAAGUGCUCAGUUUUUUAGGAUGAGUGACAUCGAGGACGGGAACUUUGAGGGUAGAGAUUCCCGCUCACCUUCCAAGUCGGAACGGGGCAGCCUGGUCCAUGCUAAGUCCGACAGCAGAUCGGGCUCUCCCAGCCCAUCCCGAGCUUCCAAGCGUUCAGAAUCCAGAUCCCGCUCCCGCUCCAAGUCCAGAUCUCACUCUCACCGACACUCCAACCGCCGUUACAGUCGCUCCCGCUCUCACUCCCACCGGAAGAAGUCCCGCUCCCGCUCCUACAGCCCAGACUAUAGACGGAGGAGAAGCCAGAGCACAUCACCCAUGUCAAACCGUCGACGCCACACAGGCAGUCGGAGCACAUACAGCCAUGACUUCAAAAAUGAUUCGGUCAGUCAUGGUGAUGCCAGGGCAAAUCCAGACCCCAACACAUGUCUGGGUGUGUUUGGCCUAAGUCUGUACACCACAGAGAGGGAUUUGAGAGAAGUGUUCUCCCGCUAUGGCCCACUUACAGGAGUCAAUGUAGUCUAUGACCAGCGCACCGGCCGCUCCCGAGGAUUUGCUUUUGUCUAUUUUGAACGCAUUGAUGAUGCCAAAGAGGCUAUGGAGAGAGCCAACGGGAUGGAGCUGGAUGGUAGACGCAUCAGAGUGGACUACUCAAUCACCAAAAGGCCACACACCCCUACGCCCGGAAUCUACAUGGGCCGUCCCACACAUAAUGGAGGAGGGGGGAGCAGCAGCAGCGGUGGCCGCAGAAGAGACUCAUUUUAUGACCGUGGCUAUGACAGAUAUGACAGAUAUGAUGAGUACGAUUAUAGAUACAGCAGAAGGCGUUCUCCAUCACCUUACUACAGUCGUUACAGGUCUCGUUCACGAUCUCGCUCCUACAGCCCACGACGGUACUGAGAUCACAAACCCCUGUUGUGUUUCAUCAGCCUGGAUCUGUGAAGGUUAAAAGAAGCUAUUACAUAUCUAACUCUGCUUGGAGGUGGAAGAAACAUUGGUUUAAACAGAGCAGCUCUAUUUAGAGAAAAAAAAGACUUGUUUCUGUUUAAUAGGUGUCUUAAUUUGUACUUUCCAGUGAUAAAAUAAUGACUUUGGAGGUCCUGGGCAUAGUCAUGGCAUUUUUCUAUUGUGUGUGUGUGUGUGUGUAUGUAAGUAUGUAAGUAUGUAUGUAAAAUAUAGAUGGUUAUGAACAGCUGUGAAUGAGUUUAUGUGUGUUGUAUUCAGUGUGUAUUUACAAGUAUGUGUGUUAAGACAAGUGAGAAUGUAUUCAACGUUAUAACAGUACGCUUAAACCUUCUGUUGUGUGACAACACCUACCAUUGUACUUUUUCAAGGAUUAAAAAUAACUGGAGUCCUUGUA